AUGUCCAGAAACGGUCGACAAACGCCACGUUCCGGAUCUGUCCAUCAUGGUCAUAAGCAUUCUCAGCAGGGUGCGAAUACAAAUAAUGAACCCUCUACAAGUCAGACUCAACCAUCAGGUACAGCACCUGAGCAGCAUCUUUUGAAGAGGGGCAACACUGUCAAUGGUUAUACGUUGACGUCAGAACAGUUCUUAGGUGAGGGUAACACUGGAGUUGUUGCUCUGUGCCAAGAUAAUAAUGGGAAAGCCGUGGCGAUCAAAGUGAUGCUCGAGAAGGGAACAGGAGAAAUUAAAACCACACAGCUAUCUGAACUCGGAAACUUGAGAAAACUGGGAAGCCAUAAGAAAAUCGUCGAACUUAUUGACUCUUUUAGUUACGUGUACAAUAAUAGCGAAUAUUGUUGUAUUGUGAUGGAAUACGCCAAGGACGGCGAUUUGCGAGCCUUGAUGCAAGGAAGUGGUUCCGAGGUGUAUGCAAAAGCCAUCAUAAACCAAGUGUGCAAGGGAUUAGAAUAUAUUCAUAGCAAACACGGUGAACGUCACUGUGUGCAUGCCGAUAUCAAGCCAGGAAAUAUCUUGAUAAAAAAUCUUAACCCACCGAAAAUCUUGAUUUCAGAUUUUGCAACGGCUAAAUGGUUGCCGGAGGGACACACGCACGCCAGGACCGAUAAUAAGCAUGCCACCACUGGUUACCUUUCGCCAGAGCGCACUCGCCGUGGGCUAAUAUGUUGUCGCUCAGAUCUCUGGGCACUCGGAGUGAUACUUUGGGAAUUGUAUCAUGGCUGGUCAUCGUUUGAGUACUUCGCAUACCAAAUUCCGAGUCAAGACGAGUUUGCAGAUGAUUUUGACAAACUCGAUGAUCCCAGAAAUUGGAACACUGACAUAUGGAAAAAGUAUCCUGAGGCGAAAUCGGUAGCAAGAGGACUGCUGACUCUCAGGUGCAAACACAGGUGGACUGCGAGUGAAGUGUUGAGGUCCGACUCCGGGCAUACUUCACCUGGACUCAGGACCGGACCAAAUCUGCAGUCCGGGAGUGUCCCGGACUGGGGACCGGACCUAUGUGGACGGGUAGUGGACUGGACCCAAGUUCCAGUCUGGUUCUGGACCGGUCCAUAA